CUGUGGUAAAACUGCCAGCUGGGAAACUGUCGUGAACAGUCGCAGAGCUGGCUCCUGCUGAACUCCGAUGAUAACUGCACGGAGAACUUAAUUCGGAAUGAAUUUAGUGACGCUCGAAAACCCAACGCGGACAUGAAGUAAAAAAAAAAAAAGAAGAAGAAGAGAAACUUCCAUAUCAAUAACCCGGGAUGUAACAAAGAGAGGACCAGUAUGCCAAGAGGAACAAAAGAGAUUUUUUCUUGUUGACACACGCCUUCGUGUUUCAGUGGACACAACUAACCUGCAGCUAACGCUAGCUAACCUACAUAGCGGCCGAAAACAUCCCCUUCUCCAGAGGAUCUCACUGAUAGAGACUUCAUGGCAGCAGUAGUUAGCUACUCCCCGCCGGUGUGGGUCAGCAUCCUGCACAGACUACCCCACUUUAACUUCAAGUUCGAGCAAACCAGCAGUGAUUUCCAACCGAACGACUGGACCUAUCAACAGUCCAUCGCGCUGCUGGGAGGUGUGGCGCUUGCCUGUCUGGCUCUGGACCUACUUUUCCUCCUCUUCUAUUCCAUUUGCCUGUGCUGCCGGCGGAGCAAAAAUCAGGAAGAGUCGAGCGCCGACUGUUGCUGCACAGCCUGGUGCGUCAUCAUCGCAACGCUCGUGUGUAGUGCUGGCAUUGCUGUCGGUUUCUAUGGAAACGGGGAGACUUGUGAUGGCGUGAAUCGGCUGACGUAUUCCCUCCGCCACGCUAAUCGUACAAUCACUGGAGUGCAAAAACUGGUGAAUGACGGGACAUCCUCAUUGAACCAGACAGUGGAGGAGAACCUGCAACAGCUUGAGAGACAGUAUGCAGGCCAUGCUGACUACAUGUCCAUCAUCCAAAAGCUGCAGGUCCAGCUGGACGAGCUGGUCAGGCAAAUGGCAGAAAUCCCCUUCUGGGAUAACGCCAACAUCUCCUUGGAAGACCUGGCCGUCAACAUUGAGUUGUAUGAUUGGUACAGGUGGCUCGGCUACAUAGUCCUACUACUGUUUGACAUCUUAAUCUGCCUUCUGGUGCUGUUUGGCCUCAUUCGCAAUUCCAAGGGAACACUCAUUGGGGUGUGUUUGUUUGGUGUGGUGGCUCUGAUCAUCAGCUGGAUCUCAUUGGGACUGGAGUUAGCCGUCUCCGCUAGCUCCAGUGACUUCUGUGCUGCUCCUGACAUGUACAUAACCAAAGUGGUGGAUCAGAAUGCAGUCAUUGAUCGAGAAAUCCUGCAGUACUACCUGAGCUGCAGUGUGGAUCAGACCAACCCCUUCCAGCAGAGGCUUUCCGGGAGCCACAAAGCAUUAGUGGAGAUGCAAGACGACGUGUCUGAGCUGCUGCGUUCUGCCACCAGAGAAUAUAAAGAAACCAGGGGAAGCUUGGAGGAGAUCCAGGGAAUACUGAACACCACGGAGAUCAGCCUCCAUCAGCUCACAGCGCUGGUGGACUGCCGCAGCCUGCACAUGGACUACGUCCAGGCUAUGACGGGGCUGUGCUAUGAUGGGCUGGAGGGCGUCAUCUACCUGGUCUUCUUCUCCUUCGUCACAGCUCUCAUGUUCAGCUUGAUUGUCUGCAGCGUGCCUCACACUUGGCGUGGGAAGAGGAGCAGCGACGACGACAGCGAGGAAGACUCUCUGAGCCACGGAGGGCGGCCAAACCAUGACAACCUGUACCGAGUCCACAUGCCCAGCCUGUACAGCUGCGGCAGCAGCUACGGCAGCGAGACCUCCAUCCCCGCCACGGCCCACACAGUCAGCAACGCGCCUGUCACAGAGUACAUGGCCCAGAACUCCAACUUCCAGAACUCUCGCUGUGAAAACACGCCUCUGAUCGGGCGCGAGUCUCCUCCCCCCUCGUACACCUCCAGCAUGCGGGCGAAGUAUUUGGCCAACAGCAGACCAGAUCCCAACAACCCUCCCGCUCACUAGACGCCGCUCACCUGCCGACGUGUCUGAAGUCUCCUCCUCCGAUCAUCAGUCCUUUCAUUCCAUCUUCGGCUUCCUUCUAUUCUUUUUUUCCUGUCUCACUUGAUUUGAGCCAAAUGUGCUUUCUUGCUGGUUGGUUGGAGCAGAAAUCGAAGACGGCCAUCAUCUCACAGUUUAGGCGUCUGGAAACAUCAGUUUCUCGACUCUUUGAGGAUCUGGUGAGUCAUCACUGGUGCUACGAUGGAGCUGCAGUGGAGCCUGGACUGCACUUUUACACGCCAGCGCCGCCACGAGGACAGGGUCGUCCGGCGUGGCGUGGCGCUGCGUUGAUGAGGACUCUGGAAGCUCUCCCAGACCUACACUGGUUGUUUUGUAAAGUACUGUAUCAUACUGCUUGACGAGUCACAGAAUAACAAAAACAAAAAAUGUCUGUCGGCUACCUUUUAAAAACAAAAUUAGAAUUUCAUGUAAAAGUGCAGCACACUAUAGCUCCAAUAUUGGCUUUUUAUGUCUUCAGUCUAAUUUGCGGGACCAGUUUUAGAGUAGUAUUGCACACCUUUUUUCCUUCCUGCUCUCUGGGUUUAGAUUUUUAUUUUUUUCUUCAAAUGAGGCCACUCCCACAGCAGCGGGUCGAGGGCUUGCAAAGGUGGCUGGUGGUUAGAUAAACUGAGGGGAAAACCAAGGAGCUGGCAUGAAUGCAGAUAUUUUAGGAGUGGAGCAGUUUUAGUUCUAACUGAUGAUUCAAAGAAGUGGGUGUCAAUAUUUUUUGCAGUAACAGGCUGUCCUUCAUGCCUCUGCAGGAAGCAGACGUGGACAAAACACCUCCCCCUUUAGAUUUCUGUAAAAUAUAUUUCCAAGAAUAUGCAUUGGCAAUGCGGUGUCUCACAAAUGUGUUUUAGCAUUUAUAUAGAAGUAGAAACAGUGGAUGCUGUGAAGGGGUUGUUGCAAAAUAAAUCCCUAAAAAGACAUUUUGCUGUUCUUAAAGCAUGACGAACUUUCUAAUGUGGAGUGAGAUGUUUGUACCUCUGCCGCCUCAGCUUGCUUCGCUUAGACGUGACCAUUGCAAGAGGCGAACUGUGCCAACAAGCCAAGCACAACUUCUGACUUUCUUCUUAAACGUGGUGACCUCUGUGAAUGAGACUCUCUCAAACCCUUUCCACCUCCUUCAGCUUAACGACACAAUCCAGUUUUUUCUUCAGGUAGUUUUCUUUCUUUUCUUUUUUUUGUAAUUCUGUGCAGAAUAAUUGCAAAGAAAUUUUAAUUUUGACAGCGAAGUUUUUAACUCGUAAAAAGGUAUAAUCCAUUUUUAACAUUGUUUUCCAUUUGAAUUUAUUUGAAACUGUAGCAAACAAAAGGUUUUGCAAAAUCUAAUGUGAAGAUAUCAAUUAAAGGUGAUUUUUUUUUUUUAUUGGAAAAAGCACUGUAGAAUUGUUUUUUUUAUAUAUAUAUAUAUAUAUACAUCAUUUUGUAAUGUGUACGUGUAAACUGUGGUUGUAAUGAGUUUAAAUGCUGUGUUUUGAGAAUAAAGGAACUUUAAUUGGA